AUGUUCGCGCCUCAGAUGGAUCAGGCUGGGAGGUCUGAUAUCCUACUAAAGUUACUGCUGAUAGGAGACAUGAACGUUGGAAAAAGUAGCCUUCUCUUCCGGUAUAUUGAUGACGGCUUUAGUGACACCUAUAUGAGUACUAUUGGAGUAGAUUUUAAGGUCAAAACAGUCAUGAUUGGGAACACAAGAGUUAAACUACAAAUCUGGGAUACGGCUGGACAGGAAAGAUUUCGCACUAUCACUUCAACAUAUUAUCGUGGUGCUCAUGGAAUUAUCAUUGUAUAUGAUGUGAAUGAUGUAAGAACUUUUUGUAACGUUGAAAAGUGGGUACAAGAGGCACAAACAUAUGCAGAUGAAGGUGUAGCAAGAAUAUUAGUUGGUAAUAAAAAUGAAAGUGAAGAACUAAAGACUGUAGCUACUUAUGAUGCCCAACGGUUAGCUGCUAAGAAUUCGUGUUUUUUCAUUGAAACAUCUGCCAAAAAUGAUGAAAAUGUUGACCAGAUGUUCGACAUUAUUACAAGAGAAGCACUUCGUUUAAGAUUAAAUGCCAUUCAAAAGCAACAAGAAGCUCAACAAACAGUUGUCCAACUGACACCUAUCUCUGGACUCAAAACAAAACAAAAAUCAAAAUGCUGUAAAGGCUAA